GCAAAUUGCCCAGCAUUGAAUAUUUUGAUAUUCACAUUCUGCAGAAGAGACCUUGAUACGACAUUUAUUAAUUCACAAGUACAGUACACGACACGAUGACUUCUGCUCAACCCAAUCCUUUCCUUCUCGCUGCCGAUAAUUCCCCAGAUCUCCUACCCCUCCUUCGAUCGAACCCCGCCUUGGCUUCUGCCCAAGAUGAACACGGAUAUUCUUUGAUGCACGCUGCUGCUUCUUACAAUCACCUGGACCUUCUGCGAGCUCUUGUUACAGAGUUUAAUGUUAAUGUCGAUUUGAAAGAUGAGGAUGGAGAUACGGCAUUAUUCGUGACGGAAACAUUAGAUUGCGCAAAGCUACUGGUUGAGGAAUUACACGCCAAUUACAAAAUCAGAAGUGCGGAAGAUGGAUAUAAUGCGAGAGAGAGAAUCGAGGCAGAAGGAGACUUUCCAGAAGUUGCGGUAUAUCUUCGAAUCAAGGAGCUUGAAGAAGAAGGGGGCUUGUCAGAAUCAAAUAGAGCAGCAGCACCUACAGUGACGUCGAAUGGCCAUCCACCACCAGUACCCGAAGGAAUAUCGGUUGAUAUUGGUACUAUGAAUCCAGAAGAGGAUGUAGGAGAGGUCAUCGAUCCCGAGUUUAAACGACGAAUUGACGAAUUGGCCGCUCGAGACGAUUUCCAAACACCAGCGGGACAAGAAGAAUUAAGAAAGCUCAUCACGGAAGCAAUUACAGGUGAAGUAGGAGAAGGGCGAGAAGUUCGUCAAAGGACAGAAUGAUUAUCCAUCUAUUCCACUUCCCACAAAAUAUAAUCGUUCGGGAUAGCAGGCAACUUCAGUAUCGUACUGUUCUUGCUCCCGCCAUUCCAGCUUUCACUAAAUCCGCCAACAUAAUACGAAAGCCAUGAAUCUUUUGGUGCUGUGAGUAGAGCUUGGAUAAAGGUACUAUGUGCCCACGCAGGGGAAAUGAAUCCGGUCCAUGUGACUUUCACCAACUCCUCCGUUUCAUCUGAACCUAUUGGUGGAUCAUAACGGGACAGGAAAGUGUCGAUACUGUCGGUUGAAUUUACUCGGGGGCUUUCUAAUGAGAUUAAUGAAAGCCACUCAUGGAUUCCGACGGAAUAUUCCCGAAAGUCUUCAUCAUAGCUGCUAUUGUUCUCUGUUGCAAGCUUUAAAUCAGGUCUUUUGACUUGAAUACCGCUCAAUACUCUUGGAGCGCACGUUAUCUUAUGUGAAUGAUGUGGAGAUAAUGGGUCAGAUGGUAAUACUGGCGAAGGAGUCAGCCUUGCAGCUAGAGGUGUAUAUAGAUCCUCGCCUGUAGUUCCCAAAUUGCAGAAAAGCCACAUCACAGGAGUAGUCAAUACAUUCUUGAAUGCAUAUUCAAU